UUCGUCUUUGCCGUACCGAAUGAAUUAGUCGGAACGAACGGAAUCAUGUGUUCCAGCAGCAACGAUACUUAUUUUAGAAAUUCUGCGGAACAAUUUUGCAAGUUUAUGUAUAAUUGUCCAACGGAAGAAACCUUACCUUUCAAGCAUGGUUUCUCGGUAUCGACCCAAUCUAUGUCGAUGCAACAGCAGUCAUUAUAUCAGCAGGGAGUGAUUUCGGCUGAUCGUACAGAAUCUCAAGAGAAAUCGACAUCAUUCAGCUUACUGCAUUCUCUUUUAGUUCAUGGAAAGGAAGCGGUAAAACAAGAAUAUGAUGCAUCUUCAGUAGAACAUGGAAGGAAAUUUCAAAGUAACGAAUAUGGAGAACAAUAUUCGAAAAACAUCUUAGAAUCAAGUAAUUAUCCUACACUGAGUUUUCCCUCCGUGGAGGAAUCAGCACAAUGUUCCAACUCGUACUUACCACAACAACAACAAGAAGCAAACAACAAUUUACUUGUACAAUCCAUAUCAUUCAAUAAUUGCGAUUCUAACCAAAUGUAUGAAUGGAUGAAACAAAGAACGCUCGGUGCAGAAAUGGCACACAAACGUAAACGGCAGAUUUACACACGCUAUCAAACUCUGGAAUUAGAAAAAGAAUUUUAUUCGAAUAAAUAUGUGACAAAAUCAACUCGCGAACGUCUAGCUGCGCAUCUCAAGUUAUCGACGCGCCAGGUUAAAAUAUGGUUUCAAAAUCGACGAAUGAAAGAGAAAAAAGAUAGUCCGAAUAUAGUAUCUAGCACCUUAUCUAUACCUACAAUAUCGUCGACAAGUUUAGUACCGAAGAGCAAUGAAAUAAUCCAGCAACAUAAUCAACAAACAUUAAAUUUUACGGAAACACAACAACAAUUGCAAUUUCAUAUUCCGCAUAUAGCGCAGCAAGAACAGUUUUGCGAUAGGUAUCCAAAUUAUCCUAAUUACACUUCGUAUCAACAAAAUGGUUGUAGUAUGAACUACAACCCACAAGUAUAA